CUCAACGCCGUUCAUUGCAGUGAGUGUAUCAGCCGCCCCGUCUCCGUCGCCGCGCCCAUCAACCACCAUCACCACCAGCUUCAUCUCCCUCCCCCCCUUUUUCUCCCCCCCAUUCCCCCUCCUCCCCCGUCUUUCCUCCACUUCUUUUCUCUUUCAUCUUUCUCUACCCUUUUUUUCACUGGCCAUCCACCCCAAAACAAAAUCGAAAAGGAAAAUUUCAGAAUGUACGCCCUCGCCCCAACCCUCCGCCGCUCCGCCGCAGCCCUCACCCACUCCAAAAACCACGGCAUGACGCCCGGCCCGCUCGCUCUCCUACCGCCCAUUUAUCUUUAUCGACGACUCCUUCGCGCGCACAGAAAACACUUGCCGCGCGAGAUGCGGCUGUUGGGGGAUGAGUAUGUCAAGGCCGAGUUUCGGGCGCAUCGGAGUGUGGAUAAUCCGGCGCAUUUGAUCGGCUUUUUAACAGAGUGGCAACUCUACGCCCAAAAAAUCGAAGGAAACUCGUGGGUAGGCGAGAAGUUGGACAAGGGCAAGGUUGAAAAGAUGAGCGACGAGCAAAUCGGUCAACUAUACGAACUCAUGCAAGCCAUCCAAAAGCGCGGAACCGAAGGGGAUCUUGAGGACGGUGACGGUGGAGAGUCCGGUCAAAAGUCGCAAUGAUCACUAUAAUAAAAGGGUGUAUUUUGAUAAGUUACACGAAAUG